CUCCUCAGCAUCAAACAACAAAAUCUCACUCUCCAAGCAUAAUAUACAAAUAAAUAUAUAUCUCCAAAGACUUUGUAAGUAUAUAUAGUUCUGAGAUGGAAAAGGGUGUUCCAUCAACCACCCCAGUCCCACCGGGCCUAACCCAAGAGGAGUUCCAGCAGCUCCAGCCCAUGAUCCGCGAGUUCCACACCUACACCCUCACCCCCUCCCAGUGCUCCUCCCUCCUCACCCAACUCAUCCACGCGCCGCCGCAGACCGUCUGGUCCGUGGUGCGCCGCUUCGACCAGCCCCAAAUCUACAAACACUUCAUCAAAAGCUGCACCGUCAAGCCAGAAUUCACAAUGACCGUCGGCGAGACGCGUGACGUCAAUGUCAUAUCCGGCUUGCCGGCGGCGACGAGCACAGAGCGGCUAGACAUACUCGACGACGAGCGCCGCGUGACGGGGUUCAGUAUAAUAGGAGGUGAGCAUAGGCUGAGGAAUUAUAAGUCGGUGACGACGGUGCAUGGGGUGGAGCGCGACGGCGAGAUGUGGAGCGUGGUGUUGGAGUCGUACGUGGUGGAUGUGCCGGAGGGGAACACGGAGGAGGAUACGCGGUUGUUUGCGGAUACGGUGGUGAAGUUGAAUCUGCAGAAGCUGGCUUCUGUCGCCCAGGCUAUGCCACGUGAAGCCACGUCAUGAUGUUCUCGUUCUCCACUUGAACUAUCCGAUCGUGCUUGUUGUGUCAAUAAUUUUCAGAUCGCAGUAUUUUAGUUUUCGGUGAUCUCUUGUAAUUUCUUUAUUUGAUUGAAACAAAAGCAGUUUCUGGA